UUGUACGUAAUAUUCGGGAGGUGGAGUACGGCGGGGAGGUCUCCCAACGCAUCUUUCUCUCUCUCUCUCUCUCUCUCUAUUCCUCCUUCAAUCCUUUGUCAAUCCCAACCACCUUUUCUCUCUUUCUCCCUUGAGAUCGAAGCGAAGCUUAGCAAAUAGAGGGGGAUUAGCGCUUGGCUCACGUCGUCUUUCCCUGCUUUUCGAUUGAUUGGAGCUUGGGAAAGUGGAUUUGUUUCUAUUUCUCUUUGAGGUAGAAGAGAUCAUGGUUGAAUUCCAGCAGCAAAAUGCGAGGGUUUCUAGAUAGCUUGAGGAGAUCUGUUUUAGCUAGUUUUUUAUGAAUGGUUGGUCCGUCAUGGGCCAAACUUUAUGAGAAGUUUAACAGCUUCUUGGGCUCAUCUCUGACUUCUGAUAUUUGCUUUGGAGCUUAAAAAACUCAUUGAUCCAUGGGCGAGUGGGUUAUUGGAGCAUUCAUCAAUAUAGUCGGAAGUAUUGCUAUUAAUUUUGGGACAAAUCUUUUAAAAUUGGGCCAUGAUGAGAGAGAGAGACAUUUAAUGCUAAGCAGUGAUGGGGACAAUGGAAAGAUUAUACCAAAACCAAUCAUAUAUUUCCAUACAUGGAGAGUUGGCAUUGUCUUCUUCUCUCUGGGGAACUGUCUUAAUUUCGUUUCCUUUGCAUAUGCUGCACAGUCACUUCUUGCAGCUUUGGGGUCUAUUCAAUUUGUAUCCAACAUUGCAUUUGCGUACUUUGUCUUGAGCAAGAAAGUAUCAAUCAAGGUCAUGGUAGCUACAGCUUUUAUUGUUUCUGGCAAUAUCUUUCUUGUUUCAUUUGGCAAUCAUCAAUCACCUGUUUUUACUCCAGAGCAGUUGAAGGAGAAGUACAUUAAUUUGGUAUUUCUUCUUUAUUGCCUGACAUUGGUUCUGGUUGUUGCUGUAAAUCAAUAUAUCUAUAGGAAAGGAGUAGCUUUUCUCUCACUUCAUGGGCACGAUAUCAGCCCCUAUUGGCGCAUGGUGCUCCCAUUUUCCUAUGCCACUGUUUCUGGAGCCGUGGGUUCCUGCUCAGUUUUGUUUGCAAAAUCAUUGUCGAACAUGCUAAGGCUCACCAUGAACAGCAGUUAUCAACUGCAUAGCUGGUUUACCUACUCUGUGCUUCUAUUAUUCUUCAGCACAGCUGGAUUUUGGAUGGCAAGAUUGAAUGAAGGAUUGUCUCUAUUUGAUGCAAUCCUCAUUGUCCCUAUGUUUCAGAUUGCAUGGACAUUCUUCUCUAUGUGUACAGGAUUUGUAUACUUUCUGGAAUAUCAAGUAUUUGACACGCUAAGGAUAACUAUGUUCCUGUUGGGUAUGACAUUUGUGUUCAUAGGCAUUUCUUUGUUAGCUCCUGAUGAUUCUAAGGGUGGUGAUUCGAAGGAUAUUCCUCCUUUGUCUAGUUCCACAUCCCAAGGUCUUCCAACUGAUAUAAACAGGCUUGCCAAACUACAAGCGGAAGAUACUGAAGUAAAUGAUGUUGGUUCAUUCAUGAACAGACUACUGCAAAAGAGCAAAUUCUUUGUGGCCAAGGCAAAGGCCGCUUGCUCAGUCUCAUUGGGAUUAGGUGAGGAGUCGAUCAAUGCAUCAUCGGUGCUGGUUAUGCCUAUGGUGUCUUCAAAGACAACAGGUUUCCGAGGAAACAUAUUUGAAAGAGCAAAGUUCAUACCCCUAAGAACAUCUGGAUGGAACAAUUAUUCAAUAAUGGAUGAAGACGACGAUGAUGAAUCAAGAGACACAAGAUCUUUACUUUCUUAGGAGUCCACACAUACAGGCAAUGUUGUAUUUUUCUUUAAUUUUUUUCCCCUAAUCAUCAGUGUAUAGGCGUAUAAUUCCCCUUUAUAAUGUAAAGUUGUAAUUCUUUAAAGAUGUUAUGACCACAUUGUAUUUCUUCAAAGUUUUUACCACUCAUUUUUAUAAAUAAUACAUCAAGCAGCUUAGAAUUA